CUGAAGGCACUGGGAAAACUUCAGAUGUAAUGUUAAAACUUCGUACAGAACUAGUUAUCACAUCAUACCACGGAAGAUAUAGCUCUAGCUCCAACACCAUACGCAAGGUCUCCUUACUUUCAAACUUCGCUUCAUUUUUAUUAAUGACGAGGCACGCGUUCAGAGGUCGACUUUAAGUGUUCUCAUUCCGGAAUGGUACACUUCGUUAAUUACACACACUCUGAUUGGCUGAGUGAUUUUGAUUGACAUACUAUCAUCCGUUUAUCUGCAACACCGAGAAAGUCCGCAUUUCAUAGUAUUUAAAGCCCCGCACAACAUCAGUUUUAUUUAUAACUUGGACGCGCUUCCUUCGAGGUUCAAAAAACUUGGCAAAACAGUUUUGUAUAGGGCGAUCAGCUGUUGAGCUGUUUACAUGUGUAGUGGGUAGGUGUGUACGCGUGGAGCGGUAUUUAAGCCACCUUACUACGGGUAUCUACACUCAACACGCCAUCGUACACUGUAGAACCACCAUAUAACUUUUGUUGUACAAGUGACAGAAAUAACGGAGAUUUCCUAAAAAAUUAAACAUGGACUUUAAAGUUGUUUUCUGGAUUGGCUUCCUGUCCACGUGCAUGGUAACGUCAACAGUUGAUUCAGUCAUCCCGGACUACAUGCUAGAACGUGCUAAGUUUGUACCGCGUCCUCGCCGUAGGAUCUUCCGUGCCACCUCAAAGAAAUGCUGCAAAAUCGGCGUACGCACAGCGAAGAAAAAAUUAUCCUGCACAGUAGAUUUAGCAGUGCGGAAUAACAACUUCGUCAUCACCCGUUUAAAAACAACUGGUUCAAAUUCUGAACUGAAAAGAUAUGGCCAAAAUCUUGCGAAAAAAAUAAACUCAUGUGGAUCAGCAGGCUUUGGUAAAGUAUUUGAGAAAUGCUGCAAAUAUCGAGAAGAUUUUAGAAAGUCAUUGCAAAUGUGCAAAGUGAAACACCGGAAGCGAGUUGAUAAACGGAAAUGCAGACGAGAUGUGAAACGACGCCACUUGAGUUACCUUUGAGCGAAUAUCAUCCCUUAAACGAAGGAGAUAAAGCUCUCGUGGGAAAUGGGCGGCGCCUCUCUCCGACACUCAGUGUGGCAGGAGAGACCGUCCUACACUAAGCACGCUAUGCCAGAGCUACAACGAGAGCCAUCCUCGGACGUGAGAACUGAGCAGGCCAGACAACCAAUAAGUAACAAACACGGAUAUGGUCAGGACCAAAAACGUUUCGGAACGUUUGAGGAAAGGUAUCUGAUCCCAUGAUUUGAAGCCCGUUAUUGUGCGCUCUUGUCAAACGAGGAACGUUCCCAAACGUGUUUGCUCAUGGACGCAGCACUGACGUUUCAUAUAUAUAUAUGUUGUUAUAGUCUCGCGUAUUCUAUAAAUAGAGUAUCUUCGACUGUUAGAAUGACGCUUGUUAUUUUAGUUGGCUAUAUGUAUUGUUGGUGUUCCGUGUAUCAUCCAGCGUGACAAUCUGUUUAGGCGAGAGUGUUCCACUGUAGGAGUACACUCCCUUAGAGUCCAGGGUGUGGAAGUCUCCGAUAUUUUGCUGUAAAAUAUUCCAAGAUUACAAGAUUCCAACGGAAAAUAUUAGAAUACUUCCGUUUCUGGAAUAAAACUAGUCCCAGACGAACAUUGUAAAUUCCGAUGUGUAUUGCAACAGUCUCCUAGUUUCGGAUGUAUAGUCAGCGACUUGUGUAUGGCCUCUGACUCACAAAUAUAUGAUAUCAAAUAUAUGUCGUUUUCGAUUUAUAUUGAUAAUUUUGAAUUUAUUCUUAGCGCUUCCGAGAUUUCGGCGUAUAUAGUCGUCUCUAGCAUACCCAUGUUGGAGUGUCUGACAUUUGUUCUCAGAUUGUGAUUACAUGAUAUAUAUUAUUUGAAAUUUCUGCCGGAAUUCUUAGUGUCCGGUAUAUAUUAGAUUUCCCAAAAUACAUUACUUCAAUAUUCAAAUAAUGUGGAAAUCAAGUGUUUUCAACGAGUGAGCUCAGUCCUUCGAUAAGUAUUGUUAGUUUCCGACAUAUCUCCGGUGUAGUGUUUUUGGUCGUCGUCAACCCUCCAUCAGUUGUUGUCACCGUGUGUUCUACGGUCAAACCCUCUACUGUAUUAAAACUACUGACACGUUCUGUUAGGCCCCAAUGUCAGGCUCGCUGUUAUUCCUCCAGACUGAGGCCCCUGGCUCCCUAUUCGCUGUUAUUCCUCCAGACUGAGGCCCCUGGCUCCCAAGUCGAUGUUAUUCCCCGGACUGAGGCACCUGGCUCCCAAGUCGAUGUUAUUCCCCGGACUGAGGCACCUGGCUCCCAAGUCGUGGUUAUUCCCCGGACUGAGGCACCUGGAUCUCAUGUCGAUGUUAUCCCCCGGAAUGAGAGUCCCAAUGCGUGGUCCCCUGUCGAUGUUAUCCCCCCGGACUGAGGAUCCCAAUAUGCAGUUCCCCAGUCGACAAUUUUUUCCCAGACUGAGGGUCCAAAUGCGUGGUUCCUCAAUCAAAUGUUAUUUCCCCGGACUGAGUCUAAAAAUACAGUAAGGGAAAUCAUUUUUUCUUUUUUAAGUUUUUCAGUACACGCAUUUAAUGGACUUAAAACGCGAUAAAGUGAUAAGGACAAUGUUGAAUAUGAGAGUGUGUUGUAUGUGUAGAGAGGAUGACCGUAUUAAGCUGGUAAUGGAUGGUGUGUGAAAGGAGUGGACAAUUCCACUGUCAUUUUCUGAUCUCCACGCACAAAUAAUUCCUAUGUUUAUUUUUAGGAGAUGUUGAAAUGUUAUAUACAUAAUUAUACAAUAUAAAAGUAUAUUGAUAUGUAUUAUAAACCGGAGGCAAAGGUAGCGACUGUCGUUGUGUUGUUAAGCAUUCAAAAUAUUAUUUUAUUUCGUAUGAUGAUAUGCGUUUUAUUUUUACAAAUAAACAAAUGAAUUCCAGUAAA